CCGAGGGGAGGCGCCUGAGCCGGAGCGGGCUCUCCACCGGUCCGGCCCGGUCCUCACACAGGUCUCCGUCAGCGGCUCUCGGGAGCGUCCCCGGCUGCCGGAUGCUUCCGCCCCGGCUGCGGCGGGCCGGGCUGGACGCUUAGUGCCCGGCUCGUGCCCUGCCAGAAGCGCCCGCGGGGGUGGCAGCGGCCUCCGCCCCGCGGAGACCGAGCGGCUGGAGGACGAGGCGGCGGCCGCGGGGAGGAGGAUGGGGGCUAACCAGUUAGUGGUGCUCAACGUGUACGACAUGUACUGGAUGAAUGAAUACACAUCAUCUAUUGGAAUUGGAGUUUUUCAUUCUGGAAUUGAAGUGUAUGGCAGAGAAUUUGCUUAUGGUGGCCAUCCUUACCCUUUUUCUGGAAUAUUUGAAAUUUCCCCAGGAAAUGCCUCUGAACUAGGAGAAACAUUUAAAUUUAAAGAAGCUGUUGUUUUAGGGAGUACGGACUUUCUAGAAGACGAUAUAGAAAAGAUUGUAGAAGAACUGGGGAAAGAGUAUAAAGGCAAUGCCUACCAUUUGAUGCACAAAAACUGCAAUCACUUUUCUUCAGCUUUAUCAGAGAUUCUUUGUGGGAAAGAGAUUCCUCGCUGGAUCAACCGACUGGCCUACUUCAGCUCCUGUAUACCCUUUCUACAGAGUUGCCUCCCAAAGGAGUGGCUCACUCCUGCUGCACUGCAGUCUAGUGUCAGCCAAGAGCUCCAGGAUGAACUGGAAGAAGCAGAGGAUGCAGCCGCAUCCGCUGCCAUGGCAAGUGCUGCAGCUGGUGCCAGAACUGGGCGUCACACUAAACUAUGAGCAUCUCCAAAGUCACACCUUCAGAACUGUCUCUGGCAGUUGAAUAUCACUAGAGAAAAGAAAAUAGAGUAAAUGUCCUUUGGAUAUUUUGUAUGCAAAGAUGGCUCUCCCCCAAAUCCCAGUUUUUCAGCUCAGGAUUAUAUUUGUAGUCAAAAACAAAAACAAAAAAAAAAAAGAAGAAGAAAAAUCACUUGGCUCUGGAGGGAAAACUUUAUAUGAAGCUGCCCUCUUUUUUUUUUUUUAAUCCACUUGUAAAUUUGGAUUCACUUCCUCUGUUUUAUAUGAGCUCUGUUAAAUUACGUUUACAGUAUUUUGUAUCACUGUUUACAAAUCUUGCAUGGACUUCUGCCACCAUGAAAGAAGAAAACCUUCAUCUUCAGAAAUUAGGCAGGUCAUCUUUGUACACAUCCCGAAAAUCGCCAGAACUACAGCAUAAAAAGUAGGCACUUGAAGAGGUCCUUACAUGGUUACAGUUCCCAUCACCUGCUUAAGAGCUGUAUGUUAGAUUUGUAUUUGUUAUGUUACCAUUUUUGGUGCCCAGAUACAGGGAUCCAAACUGGCCUGACAUGAAGGAGCACACACAGCCCGAGGGCUUGGAGCCUGGGUCAGUUCCACUCCACCCCUUCCUAGUCUGAGUAGCACAUUUCCCAGGGUGCCCGUGGAGCAGCUGGUUUCAUCCCAAAUAAGCCCACCUCAGCAGGGUGGUAUUCUUGUAUCUGCCUGGCUUGAUGCCUUGAUUCUAUAAUGAAGAUGUUUUCAUGGAAGAUACUCUUACAACUGACGAGUGUUUUUGCACAUGUGUUGGGGAGGGGCUUCAUUUUUAUUUUAAUACAUACUAAACUCCUCCCUGCCCAGGAUGUUUUGGGUGGGGCGGGAGUAUCCUAACCUAGCUUCCUGAGCAGCAGUAUGAACUGACAUUAAACUGCUUUUUAACUAUCCAGGCUACCUUUUAUACUAGACGUUGAAAACUAGAGUCUAAAGAAACACCCCCCCCAAAGGUAAUUCUUUAAUAUUUAAUACUUUGUGUACACCAUACCAGAAAUGGCUUGUUGGAGUUUAUUAGUUCAUGAUGAGAGUAGUUUCGCCUCAUAAUAGAAAUUCUAUUUUCAUUGAUCUCUUGUUGAAAAAUCAUAUUUUUGUGUGUCUUAAAUUCAUCUUUUUAUGUUCUCUCAAAUGUGUCUCUUACAUAACAUAAUUGUAGGAAUGACGUUGUCGCUACAGCUAAAUCUUCUUUAGUAAGGAAGUUGUUUGCUAGAGUCUACCCCCAGUUGACCCUUGGAUGUAAAAACCAAUCAUUACAUGUCACAAUCAAUGUUCUGCCUUAAGAGAGUGUGUCCUGUGUAAAGUAAUGGAUGCAGCAUAGAAGCAUCCAAGGUACUGACUGCGGCUUUAGAUACUGCAUUAGUGUGAAAGUCACAUUUCUCUAUGUGAGGAUACAUAUCUUUGAGUAAAUUACAUCUUUAACUUUGCCAUGAGCUGAUUUUGAUUGAUACUUAAUGUAAGCACACCCUCUUUAGGGAAAGUAAACCUUGGGUUAUAAACACUGGCCUGAGGAAAAUGAAGCCACUUUGUGCUGUUUGACUGUUCUGUGUCCAGAGAGGAAAGCCGGUGCAAGUCGCUCUGCUCCGUGGCGGGCAGAGCCUGUGUUUCAGGAACCGUGCAGCAGGACAGAAUAUGUGGUCUUUAUGAAGAGUUGACUUAGUUCAGGUCUGAAAAUGAGACUUAGGACAAAACACUAAUGCUCUCCAGGAGGUUGUUCACUAACAGAAGAGACCUAACCCUCAGGCCCAGGUUAGUAGGUAAUGCUUGAUGGGGUUCACUUGGAGUUUUUUUAUUAAUAAUAUGGAUCAUGAUGUUUUCUCACCCAUUGAGAUAUGUUCUGAAUCUGCUGUUGACCCAAGGGAAUGGCCCCUCAGACAUUUCUGGGUAAUUAACCAGGAACAGCUCUUCUGUGUUCACCCAUAUUUCAGCAGCUCAACACACAAGUGACUUGCUGAUGUCUGUAGCAUUUGAAGAGAUAUAAAGGUCUUCUGGGAAAUAAAGAAUGCCUGCACCAGUUACCUGACAGUGAGCAGGUCAGAGUCUGGACAUGAGGUUUCCUGCAGUCUAGUGUACUUGAUUGAGGUUGAAAGAGAAAGAAUCUCAUUUAGUGAGGACCUUCUCUACAGUACAAAUUAAGAAUGGGUUUUAUUAAUUUUUCUUCUCUUGCCCUUGGAUGAAAGCAAUCUUGUUCUCAACCAGAACUCAUAAGAAAAAAAUCCCAGGUCAGAACUGCAGUCAUGAAUUCAUAUGUGAUCCAUGGAGUCCAGUAUAGCUUCUGUAGUUGUAACCAAGUGAAACCGUUUCUCCUGGAGGGUUGAACAGUAAUAGCUGUAAAGGAUCAGACAGCUGGUUUCUGGUACUUGUUUUAAAUAUGCUUGGGUUUUUUAACCCACACUGGGGGCAUCAGCUUUAGAAGUGUAACAUGGGACGGUAGCAGGUGGUGAUUGUCCUAGAGCACCUCCAGGCCUGAGCUCCAGCCAACUAUUGCUCUGACUCACAGCAAUAGCAUCUUACCCAUCACCAGCAUCUUACAGAGCAGGGAAUUCCAGGUGUAGUCCAUUGAUAGCAUUGUGUGUAGAGAUCACACCACGGACAGCUGCAGAACUCUUUCCAUGGCUUCUUCUGUCACAAGACGGGUAGAAACACAUUCACUGCUUCGGGGCUCUAACCCAUGUGUCGUCUUACGACUCCAUUAUCUGUUUCCUGUAGCUUUGGUAUAUGCUAUGUUUGCUUUGAAUGACUAAUUUUAAAAGUUAGUUUUUGUCAGCAUUUGGCCGUCCUGCUAUUACACCUCAUUCUUGUCAGUAUGGGUUCGAGAGUGUAGCUCGAUUGUUAGACUUUAUCUGCUCAUUCUAUACCCACACAUCUCCACUGUCAACAGUUGGACAGCUGUCAAUGAAUCUUCCUGGACCUGAAGAGAAUUUCCUGUGAAGUGGAAUGCAAGUGUACUGUCAUCCAGUGUUUAUAAAACACCAGGAACCUUCACUUUUGCUACCUUGAUACAACACUGAGUUAUCAUGUUACAACAUUGAAAUACAUCGAUUUAUUAAAAACUACUUUUAUAAGAAA